CGCAAACCCGCAAAUGUUAAAUGUGCCGUUACACAAGCCAUGAGGUGAUCUAGAUGUUUGCGCACUUAUUGGUGGAUUAUGAGUUUGACAUGCCCUUCGAUUCUCAAAAGACAUCAGUCAUUUUCCGUAACAGUAAUACUGUGUCAAUUUUAUGCUCUUGCCUUAAGCUUAUCAUCCAAAAAGAUAACAUAUCAAACAACCCAACUAGCAUUUCCUUCGGGCGUAUUGCAGAACGUAGGACAGUGAUCUGCAGUCUUCCCCAGAGAUUCUCCAGUGCGCCUGAAGUAAAUGAUAGCUUGGAAUUUCUGUAACGAAUCCUCCCUAAACUGCCCAAAGAAAUUUCGUGCCUUCAUAUACAUAUAUAUAUAUAUAUAUAUAUAUAUAUACAUCCAAGAAAUAUCUCGAAAGCUGUAUACCGUUACGAUGUGGUGUUCUUAAUGUUUAGUCACAUUUCAAAAUGAAGCAAGGAGAUAAACAGUAUCUUUUAUCGGUAGCCACAGUUUCUUUCAAUGUAAAAGGUAUGAAUGCUGAAGAACGUCUCCAUUACACAACUGUAUUGUCACCAUGAGAAAUGACACGUUUUGUGUGGCUUUAUACGGUCUAACCUCGUUAUCUUGUAUUCUGUAUUGCUUGCGCCGUAUUCUGUUUGCAAAGAUGUUAAAAUUGGGGUAAGGAGCGUACCGAAAUGCCAUGUGAUACUCGUCUUAAUACUUUAGACACACUGUCGAUAGUACUUGAAUGGUGUUCGGAUUAUCUAUCCGUAUGCAUUAGGACUUCCAUAAAAUUAAAAUGUGGUCUGCCUUUACCUUUGCUGGUUAUUCUUGCGAUUUUCUAUAAAAGUUAUGAAUCGGUUAUAAACGAUUACAUAAUUCGUCUUAACCUUUAACCGACACAUUUUCCCAUGGUAAAAAAGUAGCUGACUUGUCUCUGCCAAGCGCAUUUAUGGCGAUAAUUGUUUUUGGAAAUAACCUAAGCUUUCUAAUGACAAAGGUUUUAUUUUCCGGUCACUAGGUUGGUCGCGCUUUUCGUUUAUGUGGAUGGAGUCAACUUCAUCUACUCUACGUUAACUUACGUUUUACAUAAUAUUGGAAAUUUUAGAGGCUGACUUUAUUGACGUUCACGGGUAGUACGAAGUAUACUAACGCAAGAUCUAAUAUCCACUACUUCAAUAGUAUUCGUUCCGCGUAGACCAAACGCAAAGCAAAACAAUAAUUGAUCGUCUAAACUCCGAGAUAUAUUUCGGGACCAAAUCUGAAUGCGAGAUGAUUGCUUAGCUAGCUAGGGAUCGUGACACAACGGAGUACCAAAUAACGUGGAUGCUUGACUGGAAGCCUUCAGCUAAACAAGUCGACUUAAACAGUGAGGGUCAGCAUCCAAUGUUCAGUGAUGAGUGCUGCGGUCAAUAAUUUUGGGGAAUUAUUUACCGCUACAGUAUGUAUUGCAACACCUGGGUCAUGUGUCUGUUGAAUUCUUCUUGACAUCAGUAAGGUCUUCUAAUUUUCAGGUCUCUACUGAGCUUCUGACGCAAUAUAGACUAGCAGACGGAAGGCUCACGCUUCUCAGAUACCUCCACGAAAUGACUGCACCAGGCAUUUCAUAAGCAGACACCGUUACUACAUAUGCCUCAGUAUCCUCGAAAAUGAAUAACCGUAAUACCUAAACCUUUCAAUUUUUGUCCAAAUUUUAGGUGUAGGUUAAUUUCUCUGUGUAACAGUGAUAUUACAUAGGAUAUUUACAUCCUUCAGUAACAUGGUACGCCUGUAUUCUUAGCCUACUACACUUCUUUUACAUCCUGUCAUUUAAUGCACACCUAAUGUACCAAUGUUCCCAUAAUUUAACCUGCAUUCGUGCGUGUUCCCUGCUGAAACUUCAUGGAUAUUACGACUUUCAAUCAUUCACGAACCCGAAUUCAUCAAACAACUGGCUCGUAUCCACGCAGUUCAAAGCGUUUGUCCCGUACAAGACAAAAUAGUUUAUUUAAUUAAGUUUGCAAAAUUUGAAUGUGGUACUAGUGACAUGUGAUAUCAUCCGAGGUUACUCAGUAUCAUAGUUAUUUUCACUUCACGCGUCUGUUAAGGCGUACACAGUUUGUUUGCUCAUUGGCUUAAGUACUGUACUCAGACGAUAGGUUCAGGGUUCAGACGUUGCUCUAUCUACUUCACCACACGAUGUGUGGUUAAUGAGAAAUCCAUGUUCCAGAUAGUAAAGUUCGAACAUAACAUAAUUUCCACAUUUCCUUCUCUGAAUGUAGUAUUUUUCUUAUGUGUUCUUAUCAACCUAAACUGCGUGUUAAUAGAUCAAAUAGUAGCAUUGUGUCACUUGUAAAACAGUUAGUGUUACAUACGUGGUUAUCAUUUAAGAAUUAUUUUAUGUGUAUUUCAGGUAAUAAAUCGACGCUAUAUUGCUGACUUUUCAAAGUGGAUUUACUGUCUACAAUCAAAUGGCUUUGUGUAUAAUAUGCACAACUGAGACUUCAAAGUACAAAUGUCCCGUAUGUAUUUCACCAUACUGCUCACUUGUUUGUUACAAAGCGCACAAACAAAAUGGCUGUGAAAAAAAGAACUGCACUCCAAAUGUUGUACAAACCUUAGUAGAACCGGAGGAUGAUGAUAUGAUCGAUUAUGUUCCGAGAAAAGUACUUAAACGGCUAAAGGAUUCAGAUCGUAUCCGAGAAUUAUUAAAAAACCCUCACUUACGAAGCCUGCUCCGGUUUUUAAAUGAAACUGACAAACCAUAUUCUGCAAUGGAAAAUGCUAUGCGUGAACCUAUUUUCGUAGAAUUUUCAGAUGAAUGCCUCAAAAUAGUAGAUUAUAGCUGAAUAAAAAAUUCAACUGUUGAUUUUAACUCCACCUAUUUUUACUCGACAUAUUUUGUACUAUAAGGUUUUCUUUGAACAAAGAAGCUCUUAAUAGUCAGUCAUGGUAGCCUUGUUUAGACUUUUGUUCUGUGGGAAUGUUACGUUAUAAAUCAUUUAUAGUUUUGCAUUUAUGUGCAAAUAAACUCAAUACAUUCAUUUUCAUUGAAAGAGGUGAGAAUAUUUCGUUAGCAGAGUCGAUAUUCUCGAAAUAAUCUCCAUCAUUAGACUGGCUUGUAGAAGAUAAACCAUACCACGCGUCAAAGGUAACUGGAUGUUUAUAGAUUGCAC